AUGGAGGUGGGGGGCGGUCGGUACAGCGGAGACACCGUGCGCGGCAGGAUGGAGGGACAGGGCUCCUACACUCUGCCGACGGGCACCGAGUACCGGGGAGCGCUGAAGGACGGGAUGUUUCACGGCGAAGGAGAGCUGCUCUUCCCCAACGGAGGCAGAUACCGAGCGAUCUGGCACCGUGGGGUGCCCACGCAGGGGAAAUACACUUUUGCAGAUGGUCUUGAAUACAAAGAUAAAAAAUGGCAUUACUGUGACGGCUACGACAGACGAUUUUACACAGAAAUCUGUUCUGGUCUGAAACCAGCAGGCAUUUCUCAGCUUACAAAUCUGGAUCCUCCCAGAAAAAUCCCAGAAGGUUGCUACGACUGUGGUGAUGGAUUCUAUAAUCCUGCAACUAGAGUUAUUGUUGACUACAAAUUCAGGUUUCUGAGAAAUGCAGAUGAUGAUGAGCAUGAAUGGAUCAUUCGGACCUGCCGGAAAGCUUGGGAUGAAACAACUGAUCAUAAAGCAAAACCAUGAAACCCAUUUUUUUUUGCCUAGACAGUAAUAUUCCAAAGCAGGUGAUCUGAUUCACAAUAAACCUAAUUUGUCCUUGUGGAUUUGUCUCACCCUUUCCCUCUACAGGAAUAUAAUCUUUUUGUCAUCUUUGUCAGCACAAACAAAAAUGGAAAUAAUAAUUUAAUCAGUCAUGCUGAGACAAGCCAUGGAAAAAAAGCAGAUUGUACUCACAGUAAUAUUCCUGAGAGGUGUGUAGUUAGUACAUACAAACGUUAUUAAGCCUCAAAACAAUUUGUUAAAAAGAGUGCCUCAGCUUCAGUGUUGAAGUCAUUCAAAUCCAUCUUAAUCAACAUUAUUUUCCCAGAUUUUAGUUAGCUGUCCUGGUGAAUUCCUUUCCUCUCUUUUUGCUCAGUACUUUGAUAUUGAUUGAUCAUUGUAAUAAUGUACACCAGAGGUAUUCUUUAAUGACUGGUUUGCUAACUAGGAAAUUAUAUCCAUUUACUACGAACGUUUGUUGAACUCUCCUGAAGCCAGAGUUUAACAAAAUAAUAAAAGAGGAAAACUGGGUGGGUUGCUGCUUGAUUAGUAAGCCAGAAAGUAUUUAAAAAUAAAAUAAAAUGGAAUUACAUCAUUUUCUGGAUGUGAGUGCCAGCACUUCUACUUGCAUUAACUUUAUUUAAUACACAAAUAAGACAUUUACAAAGCACAACAUUGAAAGUAUGUAACAAAACAGACAUUGGUUUUACAAAAAAGUGCUUACAAUUUAGUUUUACUUCUUUUAAAAUAAAUAUUAGCCUUGACUGUCCACUCAUUCAGAGAAUUUCUUGCCUUUUUUGUUUUUUCUCCUUAACCAUUGUAGCCAAGACAUGCAGAAUUGCAACAUGCUACAACAAAAUGAUUGGCAGAUGAAAUAAAAUGGAGGUGUCUAAGAGUUGGCAUCCUACAGAUAUAUCACUGAUAGCAGUGCAGGAUUGGUUCCCACUCCCCCAUCCCAACUAGUGAGUUGUGUAGUAAGCACCUUUAGCUCGAGCAUUGGGGUUAACCAGCGUGAGCAGGGGAGGGGGGGAAAUCAUUGGUAAUAAUAUUGUAAACCAUUCCACUUUCAGAUCCUAGCCAUAUUUAGAGACCUUAUUAAACUCGAGUGAAAAGCCUUCCACUGGCUCUCUGCAAUUGGGUUUUGUCUGCAAAAGGUCUUGUAAAUAGCAACUGGAAAAGUUCAGUACGUGGAGUCUGCAUUGCUGCACCAGAAUCCAUUUGGCAAUUACUGAAUAAACUAAGAAAAUGAGAAUGAUUUUAAUUUUUUUUUUUUUUAAUCUACAGACAGGAGAUGAAUGCAAAUGACCUGAGAUAAGGUUUGGUUCAGUGGCAACAGUCAGUGUGAAAUAUGUUGUGAAACAAUGUAUUGAAUAAAUUAGAGGAUUUCUUACAUUCUUGGUACAGUUGAGUAUUUUCCAUACACAUAAUUAGCUCUAAAACUGCACAAGCUGAAUUGCUUCCAGUUUUUGCAAACAAUUUGGGCUUAAUAUAAACAGAGCCUGAUUUCUGAAUUAGCAAAGCUACUCCUGGCUACUUAUGGGGGCAUGUGCCCCAAGUCCGUGCGGGGCAGCUCGCCCCAUGGGUAGUGGUGAGUCCCCUUCCACUGGAGAGAAGCACCCAAGUGCCCUUGCCCUUGGCUUUGCACGUCGGUCCUGUCAGUGGUAUCAGUUACAAAAACACUGAUGUACAGUACAGUACAGUUCACAAGUGGGGGGUUUUGAUCAGUAACUAGGCUGGUAUUUAGCAGAUACACAUUUAACAGUUUUCCUUUCAUUGCACUGCCAAGACAGAGGAGGAAUGCAUCACACCAGUUUCUCCCUCAACAAAACAGCUGUGGAAAUCUCAAGUACUGUGGAAUGUCAAGUUACAAGCCUGAAGUCUCUCCUUCAGUCUUAAAUGAAUUAACUACCCAUUCCUUUAUGGCACUAAUUCCACAACUAAAUGAUCAUUAGGAUGUGCAAGCACAAAUGAAGAAGAAAGUCGGGCCCCGUAGCCCUGCUGACCACCACCACUCUGUUGCAUGUGGACACAGCAGCCCGCCUCAACCUCACAAUUACAGAUGCUCCACCAACAGCCAACAAAGGGAACAUCUGUCCUGCACUCACUGCCACAGACAAGGACAAAGUGACUGCAGAGGGUGCAAUUGGUGACUGUCCCCUCCCUGAGGGGAUGCCUCUGCAGCAGUGGUUCCAGUCAGGUCAGGCAUGUGCGAGUGCCUUGUCACUGGCUACGCGCUG